AUGCCCGCCAGACCUGGACGCGGCAGUCAAGAGGGCUACCAUUCCUCCUCACCACCUUCUGUUGAUGCUCACCAUCUUGAUCCUUUUAGCUCAACGCAAGGAGCCCACUCGCAACAACGGUACUACGACAAUGAGUCUGUCGAUGACAACAGAAGAGAUACAUAUACCUCAGAUGGUAGCGGUGGACCGCUUCAUGAGCAAGCAUAUUAUGACCAGAACACCCCCUAUGACCCAUAUCCUACUCACGAUCCUGAUUCUGACGGCGACGUUUAUGGCCAGCGGUAUGCCCCUUCAGCGGAGUCUUUGGGUCCUCGAAUGAACUCAGACUUUACAUCGACGCCAACAAUUGUGGAUUACUCCACUGGAGCCCGCGACUCUUAUCCAGCAUGGUCCUCAGACCGUCAAAUUCCCUUGUCCAAGGAAGAAAUUGAGGAUAUAUUUUUGGAUCUUACUCAAAAGUUCGGCUUUCAGCGGGAUUCGAUGCGCAACAUGUUCGACUUCCUCAUGCAAUUGCUCGACAGUAGAGCUUCUAGAAUGUCACCAAAUCAAGCUCUACUCACACUUCAUGCCGAUUACAUUGGUGGGCACAACGCCAACUAUCGCAAAUGGUACUUCGCGGCACAACUAGACCUUGACGACGCAAUUGGCCAAGUUCAGAACCCCGGUCUCAACCGCUUGAAAUCGAAACGUGGUGGAGGCAAACGGCCCCCUCAUGAAAAGUCACUGUCCACUGCAUUGGAGCGAUGGCGUCAGGCAAUGAACAACAUGUCGCAGUAUGACCGUCUCCGCCAAAUUGCGUUAUACUUGCUCUGUUGGGGUGAAGCGGCCCAAGUUCGCUUUGUACCAGAAUGUCUUUGCUUCAUUUUUAAGUGUGCAGACGAUUACUACCGGUCUCCUGAAUGCCAGAACAGGAUUGAACCAGUUCCGGAGGGUUUAUAUCUACGAGCAGUUGUGAAGCCGUUAUACAGGUUCAUUCGGGACCAAGGAUAUGAAGUGCAGGAUGGAAAGUUUGUGCGGCGAGAGCGGGAUCAUCAAGACAUCAUUGGAUAUGACGACGUAAAUCAGCUCUUCUGGUAUCCUGAGGGCAUUGCCAGAAUCGUCCUCAAUGACAAAACGAGGCUUGUCGAUCUCGCGCCUUCUCAGCGAUUCAUGAAAUUUGACCGGAUUGACUGGAAUCGGGCCUUUUUCAAAACUUACUACGAGAAGCGCUCAUUCGGUCAUCUUUUGAUCAACUUCAACCGUAUAUGGGUCAUUCACAUUUCGGUCUUUUACUUUUACACUUCCUUCAACUCGCCCACCAUCUAUGAUGUUAAUGGUGUGUCCACUCCUGCGAUGACCUGGAGUGCUGUCGCUUUGGGAGGUGCUGUUGCCUCUAUCAUCAUGAUACUUGCCACUCUUGCCGAAUUCUCCUACAUUCCCACGACUUGGAACAACACUUCACACUUGACUCGUCGGCUUGUCUUCCUUCUGGUUACCCUUGGAUUGACCUGUGGGCCGACAUUUUACAUUGCCAUCGCUGUACAUAACGGCUCCGCUGGUCAAUUAGCACUUAUUCUCGGUAUCGUUCAAUUCUUCAUCUCCGUGGUGGCUGUUUUGCUGUUUUCCAUAAUGCCAUCUGGUCGCAUGUUCGGAGAUCGCGUUGCUGGAAAGUCGCGAAAAUAUCUUGCCAGCCAAACCUUCACUGCGUCGUACCCGUCGCUCUCCAGCGGACCCCGUUUAGCCUCCUUUGUCUUGUGGAUCCUCGUUUUCGGUUGCAAGUUCGUCGAGUCGUACUUUUAUUUGACUCUUUCGUUCCGAGACCCGAUUCGUGUCAUGGUCGGGAUGAAGAUACAGGGAUGCACCGACAAAUACUUUGGAAACGGUCUUUGCACCAACCAGGCUGCUUUCACCUUGACAAUUAUGUAUCUCAUGGACUUGGUUCUAUUUUUCCUUGACACUUUCCUCUGGUAUAUCAUCUGGAAUACUGUGAUGAGUAUAGGACGAAGUUUUUUCUUGGGCUUGAGUAUUUGGACACCGUGGGAAGACAUUUUCACUAGACUCCCGAAACGGAUUUACUCGAAGCUGCUUGCAAGCCAGGACAUGGAAGUCAAGUAUAAACCAAAGGUCCUUGUGUCACAAAUUUGGAACGCCAUCAUUAUCUCCAUGUAUCGCGAGCACUUACUCUCCAUCGAUCAUGUUCAGAAAUUACUUUAUCAUCAAGUAGAAACGGGUGAUGGUGGAAAACGAAGUCUGCGAGCUCCACCAUUUUUCAUUUCACAGCGGGACAAAGGAUUCAAAGGCGAAUUUUUCCCUCCUGGCAGCGAAGCUGAACGUCGCAUUUCGUUUUUUGCCCAAUCAAUGACUACAGAGAUGCCUUCACCCCUGCCUGUGGAUGCAAUGCCUACUUUCACAGUCUUGACACCUCAUUACAGCGAAAAGAUCUUAUUCUCGCUCCGAGAAAUCAUUCGUGAAGAAGACAAAAUGUCGCGUGUAACUGUUCUGGAUUAUUUGAAACAGCUUCACCCCGUCGAAUGGGAGAAUUUCGUUAAAGACACCAAGAUCCUGGCUGAAGAGUCUGCGAUGUUCAAUGGAACGAACCCGUUCAGUGGCGAUGAGAAGGCUCAGGCGAAGGUGGAUGAUAUUCCUUUCCACUUCAUCGGCUUCAAAAGUGCUGCUCCUGAAUUUACCCUCCGUACUCGUAUCUGGGCUUCACUCCGUGCACAAACGCUUUACCGCACAGUAUCUGGCAUGAUGAAUUAUUCCAAAGCGAUCAAACUUAUGUAUCGUGUCGAAAACCCCGAAGUUGUUCAGGUUUUCGGUGGUAACACCGAUAAACUCGAACGUGAGCUCGAACGCAUGGCUCGCAGGAAGUUCAAGUUUGUGGUAUCCAUGCAGCGUUAUUCAAAGUUCAACAAGGAAGAGCAAGAGAAUGCUGAGUUCUUGCUUCGUGCUUAUCCGGACCUCCAAAUCGCAUAUUUGGAAGAAGAACCCCCCAGGAAGGAAGGAGGCGAUCCACGAAUCUUCUCUGCUCUUAUUGAUGGCCAUAGCGAAUUCAUUGCGGAUACCAGUAGGCGUCGGCCGAAAUUCAGAGUCGAAUUGCCGGGAAACCCUAUUCUCGGCGAUGGGAAAUCGGACAAUCAAAAUCAUGCCAUCAUCUUCUAUCGUGGCGAGUAUCUGCAGCUCAUCGAUGCCAAUCAAGACAACUAUCUUGAGGAGUGUUUGAAGAUUAGGAAUAUUCUCGGCGAGUUUGAAGAAUGUGGUGUGUCUAGCCAAAGCCCGUACGCUCAAUGGGGACAUAAGGAUUUCAAAACUGCUCCUGUUGCCAUCGUUGGUGCACGCGAGUACAUCUUUUCUGAAAACAUUGGUAUCCUCGGCGAUCUUGCUGCUGGCAAGGAACAAACAUUUGGUACAUUGUUUGCCAGGUCCAUGGCUUGGAUUGGUGGAAAGCUUCAUUACGGUCAUCCCGAUUUUCUUAAUGCUCUCUACAUGAACACUCGGGGUGGGGUUUCGAAGGCUCAGAAGGGUCUACAUCUGAACGAAGAUAUCUACGCUGGUAUGAACGCAUUCGGUCGUGGUGGACGUAUCAAGCAUACCGAGUAUUUCCAGUGCGGGAAAGGGCGUGAUCUUGGUUUUGGUACCAUCCUAAACUUCCAAACCAAAAUCGGUACGGGUAUGGGUGAACAGAUGCUUAGUCGAGAGUAUUACUAUUUAGGUACUCAAUUGCCCAUCGACCGUUUUUUGACGUUUUACUAUGGUCAUCCCGGAUUCCAUAUCAACAACAUGCUGGUCAUCCUCUCGGUGCAAAUAUUUGUUGUGACUAUGGUGUUCAUUGGAACUUUAACAAGUUCUGUCUCCGUUUGUCAGUACACGAGUUCCGGUCAACUUAUCGGCGGUCAAACGGGAUGCUAUAACUUGUUCCCUGUAUUUCAAUGGAUCGAACACCGUAUCAUCAGUAUCUUCUUGGUAUUCAUGAUUUCAUUUUUGCCCCUUUUCUUGCAAGAACUCAUUGAACGCGGUACAUGGAAGGCCAUUUUCCGAUUAGCGAAGCAAUUUGGUUCAUUGUCCCCUGCUUUCGAAGUGUUCUCAACCCAAAUCUACACCCAUUCAAUCCUCAGUAAUUUGACGUUCGGAGGAGCACGGUACAUCGCGACUGGACGUGGUUUCGCAACAAGCAGGAUAACCUUCAACAUACUGUACUCCCGUUUCGCUGGUCCUAGUAUUUAUCUGGGAAUGCGAACGUUAAUCAUGUUGCUCUAUGUCACCCUUACGCUUUGGACACCAUGGAUCAUCUACUUCUGGGUUUCUAUCAUUGCGCUCUGUGUGUCGCCCUUCCUAUUCAACCCUCAUCAGUUCGUCUUCUCCGAUUUCGUGAUUGAUUAUAGGCAAUUCCUUCGUUGGAUGUCUCGUGGUAAUUCGCGUUCACACAUCAACUCCUGGAUUGGGUACUGUCGUUUGUCGCGAACAAUGAUCACAGGUUACAAAAAAAAGAAGCUCGGACAUCCUUCAGAAAAGCUUUCUGGCGACGUGCCUCGUGCGACUUGGAGGGCCGUCCUUUUCUCUGAAGUCGUCUUUCCCAUUGUGAUGGCCAUCCUUUUCGUCAUUGCGUACAUGUUCGUGAAAUCUUUCCCAGUGAAUGGUACUCAACCGCCUUCACCAUUGAUUCGUAUCGCUGUUAUCUCGUUGGGACCUAUCGUUUGGAAUGCUGCUGUGUUGUUGACACUUUUCUUGGUCUCUCUGUUCCUUGGCCCAAUGUUGGACCCGCUCUUCCCAAUGUUUGGAUCUGUGAUGGCGUUUAUAGCCCAUGCUCUCGGUGCGCUAGGAAUGAUUGGAUUCUUCGAGUUCCUGUGGUUCCUCGAACUUUGGGACGUUUCACAUGCUGUCCUUGGUCUCAUCACCGUCAUCGCAAUUCAACGCGCGGUCCACAAAGUUCUCAUUGCCGUUUUCCUUUCACGAGAAUUCAAGCACGACGAAACGAAUCGCGCCUGGUGGACUGGAAGAUGGUAUGGGCGAGGGCUUGGAGCCCACGUUAUGUCUCAGCCCGCUCGUGAAUUUGUGGUCAAGAUUAUCGAACUUUGCCUAUGGAGCUCAGAUUUAAUCAUCGGACAUGUCCUAUUGUUCAUGCUGACUCCUCCUGUGCUGAUCCCCUACUUUGAUCGUGUGCAUGCCACGUUGCUAUUUUGGCUACGUCCGUCGAAGCAAAUACGGGCACCGUUAUACUCCAUCAAGCAAAAACGACAACGUCGUUGGAUAAUUAUUAAAUAUGGUACUAUCUAUAUCCUUGUCCUUGUCAUCUUUAUAGCAUUAAUAGCUAUACCUGCCAUCUUCCGGACGGCUCUCCACCUCAACUGUUCACUCUGCAACAGUAUUUAA